AUGCCGUCCAGAGGGACAGGCUGGAGCAGUGGGUCCGCGUGAACCUAAUGAGGGUCAACACGGCACUGGAGCAAUCCCAGAUACGUGUGCGGACUGGGAGGAGAACUCUCCGCACAGAAUGACUCGGGCUAUAACAGCACACUAUUUAGUUUUGCCUUCGUUUGCCUCCUCCUUCCUACACCCCUCAGUGUCGCUCCCCCCGCAGCCGUCAGGGAACAGCGUGGAGGCGGAACUACAAGGGCGGGCAGCGCUGCGUUGUGCCGCCCGGAGCUCGGCCGUGUUGCACCGGGGGAGCAUGGAGGAGCCAUGCGGGGCGGCGGAGGGCGGCUCGGGAGCCAAGAGGAGCCGGGCGGGGGGCAGCGGUGACGAUGCUGCUGAUGGUGGAGACUGGAUGGCCGCGCACCCCACGUUCACAGCGAUGAUGUCCCUCGAUAUAUCCAACAGCUCUCAGAUCUAUGCUGCUUUCCUGGUGUACCUGGACCUCCUGGAAGGGAGAAGCUGGCAUGAAGUGAAGCACGUUGGAUUAGCAGAACUGCAGCUUGUAUGCUUACAUGCCCGUGAAAAAGAGCAGGCUGAUCUCCAAGUGAUGGUGCCAAUACCUGCGGACGUGUUAGUGAGCCAUGAGAGGUUAAGAGAAAUCAUGAAGAAAGCUGCUCUCCCCCCCGACAACCCUGACACCCCACUGUCAAUUACCUUGGCCAUAGUUGAGACAGAUUCCACAAUAGUCUACUACAAAAUGACUGAUGGCUUUGUGUUACCAGAGCCUCCCGAUGAUACUGAAGAUGUGGACAAUAAACAGUGGAAGAGGAAAAGGAGGAAGCUUUCCAAAUCAUGAAGACAAGCAGACUAUUGAACUGCUCAAACAAAAAUCCAGGAAGUUAUGUGUGUAAAUAAGCAGCAUGCAGAAGUCUGCCUUCUGCAUAUCAAGUGAAUGUUCAUGGAGAAUGGAGCUUUCUUGCAGCUACACUGUAAUAAAAUACCACUCAAAAUAUGAAAUGGGUCAUGCUUUUGAGACAGAUUGCUCCUAAUUAAUAUCAAUAAAUAUACUUCUCAGAGGUUUGCACUGCAGGACCUCUGAUACCUUUUUGGGUACAUAACAGAAUGUACACCUCCUUACCCAUGUUAUAAAUGUUUAAUAAAGGUCAAUCUUAACAGUA